AUGGCGACGCUUAAUAUCCGCCCUGUGGCCUCGGAGCCCGUGAUCUCGAGUAUACCAGACGACGACACACCGUACGAUGCGAAGCAGCCGUACAAUGCAGACGAAGAGGCGCUGGCGGCGCUGGGCUAUAAAUCUGAAUUCAAGCGAGAGUUCUCGCUCUACGCCACAUGCGCUGUGAGCUUUGCGAUUCUCGGUCUCCUCCCGAGUUUUGCAUCGACGCUUUUUUUCAGCAUGGGAUAUGCGGGUACCGCAGGCAUGGCUUGGGGGUGGCCGAUAGCCAUGAUUGGGAUCCAGUGCGUGGCGAUGAGCAUGGCGGAGCUGUGUAGCAGUAUGCCUACCAGUGGAGGCAUGUACUAUGUAGCUGCUGUGCUGGCGCCGCCGGCAUGGGCGCCAUUUGCAUCGUGGGUUACGUGCUGGAGUAAUUGGCUGGUGCAGAUUACUGGGGCUCCUUCUGUGAACUACGGUAUCUCGUCUAUGAUCCUCGCAGCAGCAAGUAUCACCAACCCAUCCUACAAACCAACCAACCUCCACACUUUCCUGCUCGCCUCCUCCAUCAUGGUCAUCCACGCCGUCAUCUCCUCCAUGCCGACGCGAUGGCUCGCGCAGUUCAACUCGGCAGGCUCGACGUUCAACUUCCUCGCCGUCGUCGCUGUCCUCGUCAUGAUUCCCGCUGGCACUGACCGUCCUGAGCGCGGCCUCUCGCGUUUCACCCCUUCAACCGAAGUCUGGGGCACUAUUCACCAGGGAACCUCGUUCCCGCCGGGUAUCUGUGUGCUCAUGUCGUUUAUCGGUGUCAUAUGGACCAUGUCUGGUUGCAGCGCGCCGUUCCAUCUCUCAGAGGAAUGUUCGAAUGCGAACAUCGCGGCGCCCCGCGCUAUCAUUGCUACGUCGAGUAUCGGUGGUGUGUUAGGCUGGGCUUUGCAACUCGUCGUCGCUUACACUGUCGUCGAUAUCCCGGCUGUUAUUGCAUCACCCCUCGGUCAGCCCUUUGCUGCCUACCUGAUGCAGUGCAUGACGCAGAAGAUGGCGCUGUGCAUCCUCGCGCUGACGGUUGUUGCGGGAUUCAGUAUGGGUCAGGGAUGUAUGCUUGCGGCGAGUAGAGUCACGUUUGCGUAUGCGCGUGAUGAUGUUUUCCCCGGAAGUAAUAUCUGGAAGGUGGUUAACCCGUAUACUAAGACCCCUGUGAAUGCUGUGUGGGGAAAUGCGUUUAUUGGCAUUUGUCUCCUAACACUUAUUUUCGGGGGCAAUUUGGCGGUUGGAGCGCUGUUUUCGAUUGGCGGUAUUGCUGCGUUUACCUCUUUCACCAUCCCCAUUGCUAUUCGCGUCUUCUUUGUCGGAGACCGCUUCCGACCUGGCCCGUGGAACCUAGGCAAGUACUCGAUCGCUUGCGGUACUGUCGCCUGCUCUUUUGUCGCUCUCAUGAUCCCGGUUCUCUGCUUCCCCAGUGUCACUGGUUCGCAAUUGACCGCUAAAACCAUGAACUGGACCUCCCUUUGCUACGGCGCCCCAAUGUUCAUCAUCACAUGUUGGUGGUUCAUCUCUGCACACAAGUGGUUCACAGGUCCCAAGUUGAAUAUUGAGCACAUGAUGAUUGGUCGCGAUAUCGUCGCGGUGGAAGCCCGGGAAGUAGCAAGUGAUAGUGAUACUGAUGGCGCUAACAUGUCUUCGGACAAGAUUGCCAAAUCAUGA